UCCAAUCCUCUCUCGAUACUAAACGCUCCUUGAAUAUGGGGGAGCAUGAACAUAGGGAGGAGUGUUGUGCAAUUAAAAUUGGCCCGCCAAUUUAUAUGUUAUCGAACAAACGUUUCCUUUCUUACGGAAUUCCUCCCCGGAAUUUGACUGUUGAAUUGACGGGAACCAAUGGAGAAGACGCCAUUCAAUCUACUAUAAUUAUUCCAAAGUCUGAUACAUCUACUGCAAGUUAGAGUGAAUGUGAAAAAGAAAUGGAAUUUCAAUAAGUUUUUUUAGGUUCUGAAUUUGAAGUAUCGAAUCUGAGAAUGCUUAAAGAGCAUUUUGAUUUGAUUCCAAAACACCCUAUUAUUAUUCACAUUCGUGUGUGAGAACAAAUAGAUUAAUUAAGCUCUCAAAUCCUAAUUUUUAUUUUGGUGGAACCAAUUGAAAAGUAGUCGUAUUUGGUUGAUUCCAAUGAUCUGUAAAUCUCCCCUUUUAUGUGCCCAUGAAAUUUUGGGAAUGGAUUCCUCCAUGAAUGUUUUUUACAGGAGCAACAGUCUGACAUGGAAUUUACCUGAUCAUUGUUCAGAGGUGAAUAAUUAGGGUUUGUUCUGUGAUAUUUUGUUGGUAAUUUUAUCUUUGAUUUUGUUCUUGUUUAAGAUUCUUUGAUUCCCUAUUUAUGUGACUGCAAUCAAACAAGUAUUUUUUUCCUGUUUAGUAAUGGAUGAUUUGAGUUAGAUAACUUAGAUUAGUUAUGGUUGUGGAUUUUAUUCUAUGCUUCGAUCCGAAUUACAAGAAAGUAAUUCUAGGCCAUUUUAUAUUGACAACUUGUUUUAUGUGAUAGAGUAUAUAACAUUUAUCGGAGCUCUAACGAAAAGCUUAUGAGAUUGAUUUCGUGACUUUUGCUUUUGAUAUCACGUUAAAAAAAAUCAAAAGUUCAAACUAAUGAUUGUAACUAGAGGUUGUACAUUUAGGUGUUCGAGUAAAUUUUGAUUAUGAUAUCUUAGCCCAAGUUAAUUUAAAUUCUUAUAUGUAUAUAUAAUAUAUUGACAAUCUAUUUUAAUUUUGUAUGCGACUUAUUUUAAGUCUAGUUAUACUCGAUUUCUAUUUAAUCGGUUUAAUCUGAAAUAUCUCUAGUUGUAGCCCAAUAUAUCUUAUAUACUCCAAAUCCUCUCACAAUAACUUAUUUUUAGGUAAAAAUAAAGUGAGUUGAGGCAUGUUGUAGGUUUUGAUGGUCAAACAAGCUAUUUGAGAUGUUUGGUAAAAUGGAGCUUUGUCUGGUUUAUACUUUUACUUUAUUGGCUUAAAACCUUAAAAUCCAUGAGUUGAAUGAGCAUUUAUUGACUCAGUCAUUCCAAAGUUCUAUAACAAUUCAAUUCUUAUCAUCAGCGUAAUAAAUUUAAUCAUGCAUUUCAUGCUUAGUUAGCAUUUAACACCAAUCAGCUUUCACUUAAAUUUUCCAAAUAUUUUCUAUCCAUAUAACUAGGAGUAAUAAAAUCAAUUGAAAUUAGUUAGGUUUAGUUUCCAAUCAUAUAUCAAACAGGGCAUGGGCUUAGAAUAUUGUAAAAAAUUACUUAAUUAAGUCCGCUAAGGAAGAUCCAAGAGUGGAAAGGAUAUGAAAGAUCUAGACCAUUAUGUAACCGAACCAAUCUGUUGGAAUCAAGGCUUUGGCAUUAUUAUUGUUGUACAAUUUUAAGGACUGCUAAAUAUAAAAAGGAAAACUAAAUAAAACAGGAUAAAUGAUAUGUACAAUUUUAAGGGCUGCUAACCGUUGCAUAUAAGAAGCUAAAGGUGAAAAUGAUGCGCAAUAACUAAACACCUAACGCCGUCGCAUAGCAUCGGCCGCGUUGUAAAGGAAUUCAAAAUAAACGAACCGAUAUUUCCUGUGUGUAAAUAUGUAAAAAAACCGCGUUUUGGGCCGUAUCAAGGGAUAUCUUAUGGUUUCGACCAAUAUCUAGGCGCUAUAAUAACCGCAUCAUUUCCGUUACCGAAUCAGCAUUCCCUUGCGGCAAUCGUGACCGUUACCGCAUUUUUACACUAUGAUUUGUAUACUAUGAUUUGUAUGUAGCCUUUAGGGAUGUAUAUAUAUUAUAAAUUACAAAAGACAAUUAGAUCGAAUGACAAUGAAGUUGUGUAGUUUAUCCUAGGCAUUUGGCAUAAGCACUAUCACUCUUUUAGCAAGUUAUACUAAAUUUGGUGCUUUAUUCUGUGUUAAUGAGCUUUGGAAAUGCCUGACAGUUGACCCAUGAGUUAUGGCUUUGUUGUAUUGUUUAUUAAGAUGACCCUUCAGUUUUCCCUUUAGAAAAGUGUUUUUAAGGACAAAUCUUGAAGAUGAUAUAGCAGAUUUGUUAAUAUACGUAUUAGUGUAUUACCAUUUUCAGCAUUCAAGUGUACUUGCUUUCCAUUUUAGCUCAACAGUACUCGGUUGUACCUGCCACUGCAUUGAAAAUUUCCAGAUAUCCUACUAUUUGGGGGUGCAAAGUUUCUGGAAAGUGGACUGUUAUUUUUCCAUAUGGAAAGAAUAUGUGUUUUGAUCAUGAUUUCUCUUUUAGAAAACAAUAUGCUCUUACAUAUUUUCUUCAUUGGCUGUUAUGUUACUUGGACCCUUCAUUUUGCUUUACAUACCCGUGUCCGAUCCUUAAUCCCGGACAUUGGUAUGGCUGUUAGACACUUCUUUUUGGCGUAAAAUUAAUAUUAGACAUAUCCAACACUUGGACACGUACUAGUAUCCAAUGUUAGUACUUGAGUUUAAGUAACAUAGAUUGACUGUUAUUUUAUUUGCUCCGUCUCCAUAAUCCUCCAUGGGAAUAACAAUCAUAUAUCGUUGAUAGGAGUGAAUUUAUGCCAGUAUCUCCCACAACAUUAUCAAAAUUAUGUUGGCCCUGUAAAGAUUCUUCUUCUUUCCAAUGCUUAAGCCUUGACUUUAAAAUGUUUUAUCACUCUGGCACCCCAUAUUCCCUGUGUUUUUUAAUCUGUAAAUUAUAUUACUACUUCUCGUCUUACUUUAUUUUUAUAUUUGUUGAUUGAGAUGGGUUGAGAACAUAAAAAAAACCUUCUAAUAUAAUAUUCAGGAUCUCAAUACCAUUAAUUAAUUUAUUUUUCUUGUAUAAACUCGUAUUGUCUGUGUAUUGGUAUAUAAGUUGGCAUUGCUUCUAUUUGAAAUCUUGCUUUGUGCUACAUACAACCUCAUACUGCUUCUUCUUAUCCAUCUGCAUCUUUUUUUUUUCUUUCUAUUUCAAUAUUUUUAAUUGCGUUUGCGUGUGUCCUGUGUAUGGCUCCUAUUUUAAUGUAAAUACAGGCACAAGAACUGAAACCAUCAUUCAGGUUUUUUCAAGAUUUUCCUGGGUUUGUUCUUGUUUUGAGUAGGUAAUUUUCCUUUGAUUAUAUAAGUCAUCCAUCAAUGAGUAAUCAAAAGAUUGAUUUUCGGGAGCAAGUUCAGGAGAGUAAUGGGGUUAUUAGUGAUUGUAUGGUGGAACUCGGGAGCAAGGACUCCCAGUUUAUGAGUCUCCGGGAGCCUUGGAACAUGGGUAAUUGCAUGGGAGGAGGGGUAGACUCUUUGCAGCCUCAAAAUGUUUUGCCUGUCAAUCUUUCAACUACAAUCGCAAGUCGCUUUUGCCCACAGGUUCCUGGUUUUUCUGCCCCUGAACGAUAUGCAGGCCUUCCUUAUGAUCAACAAAUCAACAACCCAACUUUUUCCUCCCGGUGUUCAAGGAAUUAUGAUUUGGGUUAUCGAUCAUAUCCUUGUUCUACAGAAGGAUUCUCUGCUGACUUAGCUGAACCUGAUGGGUCUGACCUGCAAUCUAGAAGCACCGUGCAAGCAGCUGCAAAAUCUUUACUUUAUGGUGAUCAAAGUCAAUUUUAUGCUCCUGUGAAAACCUUUGGUGGUCCGUGUAGUAAUUACUCGGGAAGUGAUCACAUUCAGCAGCUGAAGAAUAAAUUAUUUGUUGAUUUUGCAAAUUCAGAUCGGAGGAACUAUUUAUUUCCAAUUAAUGAGAAGCAGGAUCUUAGUGUUUUGGACAAAUCUUAUGAUUCCCCUCAUGGUCAGUUGAGUUUUUCCUGUCAAGGAGAUAAACAGGCACUUAGACCCUUAGGGGUUGAGCCCUUGAAUCCUGGGAAUUCUUUCUCGUCUGGGGCUUCAGUUUCAAGCAAAACACGAAUAAGAUGGACUACGGACCUCCAUGAGAAAUUCGUGGAAUGUGUAAACCGUCUUGGUGGUGCAGACAAGGCAACCCCAAAGGCAAUAUUGAAACUAAUGAAUGCUGAUGGAUUGACCAUUUUCCAUGUUAAAAGCCAUCUACAGAAAUAUAGGAUUGCUAAGUACAUGCCUAAUUCUAAUGAAGGAAAAUCAGAAAGAAGUAGUAGCUUGAAUGAUGUUACACAACUUGACGCUAAAGCUGGCAUACAACUGAAGGAGGCCUUACAACUUCAACUGGAUGUCCAAAGGCGUCUCCAUGAACAAUUAGAGAUUCAACGGAAUCUGCAAAGGAGGAUUGAAGAACAAGGCAGACAACUGAAAAUGAUGUUUGAUCAGCAACAGAAGACAAGACAAACCCUUUUGGGUGAUCAAAAUUCCGAUAAUAUGUCCCCAAACGGCCCCUCGUUUAGUCUCGAUGAAGUUCAAUUGUCAAGCGAAGAAGGUUCAGGGUGUAACAACUUCCAAUCCAAGAUUAGUUAGUAAACCGUAACCUCCUACAACAGCCUCAGAUUCCCCUUUCUUAGUCCACAUUUCGCUCUACACGGAAGCAUCGAGAGCCAUACAAAUUGCUGAAGGCUAGAAUAACGCUCUAAAUCGUUUCUAUUGAGUUCAGAUGCUAAUGAUUCGAGCUCGAGAAGUAGGGUCGAUUUUGAUGCUGAUCAAAGUGGGGAUGACUUGGUUCUUUUGUUGCUAAAUAUAGCUUAGUGCACACCUCGUCAGGCCAACAUGCUUUAAUUGUUUAAGAUUUUUCUUUCUUUUAUGAGAAAUUCCUGUACUGCUGUACAGAAACUUUAUUGUCACAUAUCAAGUAUACAAAUUAAAUUUAGAAAAAUUGACAUUAAUAAUUUAACAUUUUACC